AUGAGUGCUUUACCCCGCAGUAAAACGUGCGGCGUCUGUCGAAUUCGGAACAUGGGCGAGCCUGAUGUGCACCUGUGUGAGGGCCAGCACCAGUCACCCCCAUAUAAAAGAAGCAAAACGGCAGAGUUUAACCACUCCAGAGGGACCAACAAUUGGGAAAGAAGCUCCACCAGUGAGGUGCAGAUAAAAGGAUGUCUCUCCUCGGAAAAGGAACACAUAGACAAGGAACGGCCUCGGAAGGAUGACCCCACAAGUGAAUCUCCCCCGAGUUGCCCACACUCACAGAAUGCCUCCAAGAAGGAGAAACAAGUUAAGAAAUAUAGCAUCGAUUUUGAUACCUUCAAUGAGAGCAUAUUCGACGUGAAUAUUGAGCUCGACGAAAGAGACCCAGGGGGCGGUCCCGAAUUUGAAUGCACAUCAGAGGACACGCAGGAAGACACAGAAGAUGGUCCCUACCAGGAUGACGAACAUGACCAAACCGAACGGAGGACAGAUAACCUCAGAAGAAGCAAUCACACGGGGAACAAAGACUACCAUGAAAAGAAACGGAACACACGCAAACGAUCCAUGCACUUUUGCAGUAGCAGUGAGAACUCCUCGCACAGCUCUCUCGACGUAAAUGAAAUUUUACAAACAGGGACCAACCAACGAGUCGAGAGAAAAAACAGAAACACCUACAUCCUGCAACACAAAGAGAGAAUUAGGGAAGGGAGAAAUGAAAAAAGAAACAGAAAAAAUAAUAGCAGUAAUAGUAACAAUUUAAAGAAUAACUUUUUAAAGAUUAGCAAAGCGACAAAGGACAAUGUGAAGAGGGCCAGCAUCGCCACUGUCAUGCUCGAGAAUUUGUCCAACCGGGACCCGGACAGCGACUUCGGAAGUGAGCUUAGCAGUGGCAGCAGUGAAAACAGCCAUCUUAGGGAAAAUCACUACCCAUAUGGCACAGACCAUUUGAAUUAUUCACAGAAAGCGCAUCCCCGGAUGCACUAA